CUCAGAGAGAGAAAGGGAUGCCGGUGGCGGCUGCGCUCCCGGACUAGGCGGGCGGUCGCUAUCCCGCGAAGCUUGAGCCUCCCGACUUUCCGUCGCGACCUCCGCCAGCUGAGGCUGCUCGAGCCGCUCUCGCGUCUUCUCCUCGGCGCUCUCGCUGCCCUUUCCCCACCGGUGACGCUGCGCGGCGGGGGGGCGGCGGGUUGGUCUCCGGUGCCGGGUCUGGCGGUUGGACGCUUCCCUCACCAUGUCUCGGGUCCUCAAGUCGGUGGAUUACGAAGUGUUCGGCCGGGUGCAGGGUGUCUGUUUCAGAAUGUAUACAGAAGAUAAAGCUAGGAAAAUGGGAGUAGUUGGCUGGGUUAAAAAUACCAGACAAGGGACGGUUACUGGCCAGGUACAGGGUCCAGAAGAUAAAGUACAGGAGAUGAAGGCCUGGCUGACCAACGUCGGAAGCCCAAGCUCACGCAUCGACCGGACGAAUUUUGCUAAUGAGAAAGAGAUCACUAAACUUGAGUUCACGGGCUUUAGCACAAGAUACUAGCCAAACAGAACAACACCAAGCUGAUUGUACUGCUUAUAGCAAUUAAUCAAUUGAAAUUAUUGUUGAUGUUAUCAUUAUAUUAUCUACUUAACUGAAACACUAUAAUAAUAUUAAUUAUAAUAUAGAUUAUUAUUAUAUUGUUAGGUUUCUGCUUUUGCAUGAUAAUGUUUCAUGCUUUUCUGAAGUGCACAAUCCCACUUUUUGGAACCUUCCUGAAUGUUAGGGAAAUGUAGCAAUUCUGUUUGCAUUCAAUAGGAACUGCUGUGUGCUGUAAUUUUAGAGAGACGUUUUUUGAAAAAUGACGUCUUUACAACCACUGGCUUCCCCAAGCUGAAGCUUUCCCUACAGAUUUCAAAAAGGCGGAUAGGAGCCUCUCUGGAGGCAAGUUCUUAGCAAGCCCAACUAAGAGUGUGAUUGCAUUUAACAGUGGCUGUUUCCUUCUUCUAAAGAACAGCUGGGAUGGGUUGGGAAAUGAGGUUGUGAUGGAAGUGUCCCUCCUGAGGCCAAUAGCAGUUUGGGGGUGUGAUUUUCGCUGGGAAUACAGCAAUGCGAGAAGGGUUGACAGACCAGGCUCCCACUCCUGAUCACCCCACCACCCAUGGCUGCUGCUUGGAAGAAAACAUGGCACAUUAAUGCAUUUAACAUCCCAUCCAGGCAGACCCACAGUCCACUCAUAACAAAGCAUUAAGCACACUGGUUCCAAUAGGACUCCAAAGCAUAACUGCAUCAGAUUGUGCCCUUGGCAGUUAUUGCUGUGUUUAUUUACAGAACAACCCUACCCAUCUUUACUUGGAAGUAAGCACCACUGCAUCCAGUGCGGCUUACUCCCAGGUAAGUGCUGAGUUCUUCACUAUAGGGUUCCUCAGCUGUAUCUGGUUGGCUUCACAUCACAGAAACUAAAAACACCUUCUCUGUCUCUCUCUCCCUCUCUGGCCUAUCUUUCAAUAUGUUUACCUUGCAUUCUGAUCCAAGUGACUUAGACAAUGUUAAAACAAUAUGAAAACUGCCCAAUGCCCUUAGUUCUCCUUUGCUGCGGUAGCCGCAGGCCAUUUGGCAACAAGAACACAGUUCUUUCUAGGAAGGAAAGUGGCACUAGCCAAUCAGAACUGCAAACUGCAAAACCUGUUUUGCUCUUCCUCGCGAACCUUCAUUGCUUGAAUCCAGGGUUCACCCAUCUAUAACAGGAAAAACCCAAAACUGUUUACAAUUGCCUGAUAGAAAUGUGGAAAAUGAA